GAAGUGUUUUCAUUACAGGCGCCACUGGUUUUAUGGGAAAAGUCUUAGUGGAGAAACUGUUGCGUUCGUGCAGUGAUGUCAAGAAUAUCUAUGUUUUGCUGCGGACUAAGAAGGGUCUGAACGCCCGCUCACGUCUCGACGAACUUCUUAACACUAAAAUAUUUGAGAAGAUUCGUGAGGAGAACCCGAAGGCACUAAACAAGAUCGUUGCCAUUCAGGGAGACAUAACACUAAACAGUUUGGGAAUAUCGGAGAGUGACUUGAAUUUGCUAACAAGUGAUGUCUCGAUUGUGUUUCAUUCGGCAGCGACUGUCAAGUUUGACGAA